AUGGUGUUGGAAGUUUCUCGAUGGGGGUGUCACCAACUGGAUAUGGAAAUCAAGGAAUUCCAACAGGCCAUACAUACUCCACCCGUCCCCGUAAUGAUACAUUUAUCAGAACGUUUGCGUUGUCGUGUUUCAAACGGAAUUCUGGAUUUAUUUCGUGCAGGAAUUCUUGAAUAUGAUUGUUGUGUGCGUCGAAUGCCAGAAAUAUCUCAAGAAUGCGAAAAAUUUGCUAAGAAGCUCGGAUUCGAAGUCACUGUGUUCUCGAUGCCUUUCGCUGAGUGCUUCUCAAACCCUAACUACACGGGAAUCAACGAACCAGAGCUCGACAACAAUGUUUGGUGUGAUGACUUCUCCACACUGAAAUGCCUCGCAACGUGGGAUUCAAUUGCUGCUAAUAAGAGAACAUAUCAAAUGCUCUCGUUUGCCAGAACCGCCUAUUUAUCAAAGGACGGCUUCUAUUCUUGUUUGAGAGAAGCUUUGAUGGAACGUGCCAUUUAUUCACAGCCUACUCAAGGUGAUCGUUUCGGAACAUGGACUUAUAGAGACGCCGCCCAUCCACCACCACCAGGCGUUCCCCAGUCACUCAUCGGAAUCUCCCCAGCAAGACAAGCUCAACAACCGACUCAAGCCACCACACAAUCCUUGUUUAUCAAUACGGGCGGUGUCCCAUCAGCUACAGUAGCCGCGCCGACGCCGGUACCCGGAGUACCGAAUCCAACGAUCGUCCAACAACAACAACAGGAGGCACACGCGGAAGCGUUGCGUAUUCUUCAAGGAGGAUUGACUUCUGGACUUCAGUUCCUUGGCACAAACGGCGGAAAUACGAUACCGUACUUCACGGCACACCAACAACAAUUUCAGCAAUUGAAUGGAGUCAAUGGAGGCGGUGGAGCUGGAGGACUACAAUUCGGAAAUGCCGCGUUGGGACCACAACUUGCGGGCGCCGCUAUUCCACAGCCUCUACAGGUUAGUGUCAAUUUGAAGUGA